AACACCUGACGCGCAUGCGCACUGGUGUGUCGUGGCCUGGCGCGCCCCUCCGAAGCGCAUGCUCGUGGACUCGCACGUGCACGAGCCUCAAGACCCAAGGUGCGCGCGUCGGCGUCCCAGGCGGUUGGUGUCCGAGAAUUGGUUAAGCUGGACUCGAGGCAAUUAUUUCCCGUCAGAGAAGGAAACCAUUGCUUGGCAUUCUCACCAUCUUUCUACCUACCAUGAUCAAGUGCUUGUCAGUUGAAGUACAAGCCAAAUUGCGUUCUGGUUUGGCCAUAAGCUCCUUGGGCCAAUGUGUUGAGGAACUUGCCCUCAACAGUAUUGAUGCUGAAGCAAAAUGUGUGGCUGUCAGGGUGAAUAUGGAAACCUUCCAAGUUCAAGUGAUAGACAAUGGAUUUGGGAUGGGGAGUGAUGAUGUAGAGAAAGUGGGAAAUCGUUAUUUCACCAGUAAAUGCCACUCGGUACAGGACUUGGAGAAUCCAAGGUUUUAUGGUUUCCGAGGAGAGGCCUUGGCAAAUAUUGCCGACAUGGCCAGCGCUGUGGAAAUUUCGUCCAAGAAAAACAGGACAAUGAAAACUUUUGUGAAACUGUUUCAGAGUGGAAAAGCCCUGAAAGCUUGUGAAGCUGAUGUGACUAGACCAAGCGGUGGGACCACUGUAACAGUGUAUAACCUAUUUUACCAGCUGCCUGUAAGGAGGAAAUGCAUGGACCCUAGACUGGAGUUUGAGAAGGUUAGGCAGAGGAUAGAAGCUCUCUCACUUAUGCACCCUUCCAUCUCUUUCUCUUUGAGAAAUGAUGUUUCUGGUUCCAUGGUUCUUCAACUCCCUAAAACCAAAGACGUAUGUUCCCGAUUUUGUCAAAUUUAUGGAUUGGGAAAGUCCCAAAAGCUGAGAGAAAUCAGUUUUAAAUAUAAACAGUUUGAGCUUAGUGGCUAUAUCAGCUCUGAAGCACAUUACAAUAAGAAUAUGCAGUUUUUGUUUGUGAACAAAAGACUGGUUUUAAGGACAAAGCUACAUAAACUCAUUGACUUUUUAUUAAGGAAAGAGAGUAUUAUAUGCAAGCCAAAGAACGGUUCCACCAGUAGGCAAAUGAGUUCAAGUCUUCGGCACCGGUCUACCCCAGAACUCUAUGGCAUAUAUGUAAUUAAUGUGCAGUGCCAAUUCUGUGAGUAUGAUGUGUGCAUGGAGCCAGCCAAAACUCUGAUUGAGUUUCAGAACUGGGACACUCUCUUGUUUUGUAUUCAGGAAGGAGUGAAAAUGUUUUUAAAGCAAGAAAAAUUAUUUGUGGAAUUAUCAGGUGAGGAUAUUAAGGAAUUUAGUGAAGAUAAUGGUUUUAAUUUAUUUGAUGCUACUCUUCAGAAGCGUGUGACUUCCGAUGAGAGGAGUAACCAGGGCAGUUUCCAGGAAGCAUGUAAUAAUAUUUUAGAUUCCUAUGAGAUGUUUAAUUUGCAAUCAAAAUCUGUGAAAAGAAAAGCUACUGCAGAAAACAUAAGCACACAGAAUUCUAGGGAUUUAGAAGCUAUCAGAAAAAAUACAAAUGAUGCAUUUUUAUGCAUUUAUGAAUCAGGUGGUCCAGGCCAUAGCAAAAUGACAGAGCCAUCUUUACAAAACAAAGACAGCUCUUGCUCAGAAUCCAAGAUGUUAGAACAAGAGACAAUUGUAGCAUCAGAAGCAGGAGAAAAUGAGAAACAUAAAAAAUCUUGCCUGGAACAUAGCUCUUUAGAAAACCCAUGUGGAACCAGUUCAGAAAUGUUUUUAAGCCCUUUUCAGACACCAUGUCACUUUGAAGAGAGUGGGGAGGAUCUAGAAAUAUGGAAAGAAAGUACUACUGUUAAUGACAUGGCUGCCAACGUCAUGAAAAAUAAUAGAAUUCAGAAUCAACCAGAGAGAUUUAAAGAUGCUACUGAAGUGGGAUGCCAGCCUCUGCCUUUUGCGACAACAUUAUUGGGAGUACAUAGUGCUCAGACAGAGAAGGAGAAAAAAAAAGAGCCUAGCAAUUGUGGAGGAAGAAAUGUUUUUAGUUACGGACGAGUUAAAUUAUGUUCCACUGGCUUUAUAACUCAUAUAGUACAAAAUGAGAAAACUAAAUCAAUUGAAACAGAACAUGCAUUUAAAAAUUAUGUUAGACCUGGUCCCACACGUGCCCAAGAAACAUUUGGAAAUAGAACACGUCAUUCAGUUGAAACUCUAGACCUCAAAGAUUUAGCCGGCACUUUAAGUAGAGAAUCUGGUCAAUUGCCCAACAAAAAAAUUUGCAGAACAAAUAUAAGUUGUGGGCUAGAGAAUGAACCUACAGCAACUUAUGCAAAGUUUUCUACUUUUCAGCAAGAUAGCAAAAAAUCACAAACAGGUUGCAUAUUAUCUGAUACAUCCCCCUCUUUCCCCUGGUAUAGACACGUUUCAAAUGAUAGUAGGAAAACAGAUAAAUUAAUUGGUUCCUCCAAACCAAUCGUCCGUAAGAAGCUAAGCUUGAGUUCACAGCUAGGAUCUUUAGAGAAGUUUAAGAGGCAAUAUGGGAAGGUUGAAAAUCCUCUGGAUACAGAAGUAGAGGAAAGUAACGGAGUCACUACCAAUCUCAGUCCUCAAGUUGAACCUGACAUUCUGCUGAAGAACAAGAACUGCUUAGACAACUCUGAUGUUUGUAAAAUCACUACUAUGAAGCAUAGUGAUUCAGAUAGUAGUUGCCAACCAGUAAGCCACGUCCUUGACUCAGAGAAGCUUCCAUUCUCCAAGGAUGAAGAUUGUUUAGAACAACAGAUGCCUAGUUUGAGAGAAAGCCCUAUGACCCUGAAGGAGUUAUCUCUCUUUAAUAGAAAACCUUUGGACCUUGAGAAGUCAUCUGAAUCACUAGCCUCUAAAUUAUCCAGACGGAAGGGUUCCGAAAGAGAAACUCAAACAAUGGAGAUGAUGAGUCGUUUUAAUGAACUUCCAAAUUCAGAUUCCAGUAGGAAAGAGAGCAAGUUGUGCAGUGUGUUAACACAAGAUUUUUGUAUGUUAUUUAAAAAUGAGCAUGAAAAAACAGAGAAUGGUGUCAUCCCAACAUCAGAUUCUGCCACACAGGAUAUUUCCUUUAAUAAAAAUAGUAAAACACAUUCUAACAGCAAUACAACAGAGAACUGUGUGAUAUCAGAAACUCCUUUGGUAUUGCCCUAUGAUAAUUUUAAAGUUACCAGUAAAGAUUCAGAUGUUCUUAUCAGAGCUUCAGAACAACACACAGGAAGUCCGGACUCUCCCAGUGGAAUGUUAAUGAAUCUGGUAGACGAUGCCACAGGUGACCAAAAUGGAAUUUGUUUUCAAAGUGAGGAAUCUAAAGCAAGAGCUUGUUCUGAAACUGAAGAGUCAAACACGUGUUGCUCGAAUUGGCAGCAGCAUUUCGAUGUAGCCCUGGGGAGAAUGGUUUAUGUCAACAAAAUGACUGGACUCAGCACAUUCAUUGCCCCAACUGAGGACAUUCAGACUGCUUGUACUAAAGACCUGACAACUGUGGCUGUGGAUGUCGUACUUGAGAAUGGGUCUCAGUACAGGUGUCAUCCUUUUAGAAGCGACCUUGUUCUUCCUUUCCUUCCGAGAGCUCGAGCAGAGAGGACUGUGAUGAGACAGGAUAACAGAGAUACUGUGGAUGAUACCAUUAGUAGCGAAUUGCUUCAGUCUUUGUUCUCAGAAUGGGACAAUCCAGUAUUUGCCCGUUAUCCAGAGGUUGCUGUUGAUGUAAGCAGUGGCCAGGCUGAGAGCUUAGCAGUUAAAAUUCACAACAUCUUGUAUCCCUAUCGUUUCACCAAAGAAAUGAUUCAUUCAAUGCAGGUUCUCCAGCAAGUCGAUAGCAAGUUUAUUGCCUGUUUGAUGAGCACUAAGACUGAAGAGAAUGGCGAGGCAGAUUCCUAUGAGAAGCAACAGGCACAAGGCUCUGGUCGGAAAAAAUUACUGUCUUCUACUCUAAUUCCUCCACUAGAGAUAACAGUGACAGAGGAACAAAGGAGACUCUUAUGGUGUUACCACAAAAAUCUGGAAGAUCUGGGCCUUGAACUUGUAUUUCCAGACACUAGUGAUUCUCUGGUACUUGUGGGAAAAGUACCACUCUGUUUUGUGGAAAGAGAAGCCAAUGAACUUCGGAGAGGAAGAUCUACUGUGACCAAGAGUAUCGUGGAGGAAUUUAUCCGAGAACAAGUGGAGCUACUCCAGACCACAGGAGGCAUCCAAGGGACAUUGCCACUGACUGUCCAGAAGGUGUUGGCAUCCCAAGCCUGCCAUGGGGCCAUUAAGUUUAAUGAUGGCCUGAGCUUACAGGAAAGUUGCCGCCUUAUUGAAACUCUGUCCUCAUGCCAGCUGCCAUUCCAGUGUGCUCACGGGAGACCUUCUAUGCUGCCAUUAGCUGACAUAGACCACUUGGAGCAGGAAAAACAGAUUAAACCCAAUCUCGCUAAACUUCGCAAAAUGGCCCAGGCCUGGCGUCUCUUUGGAAAAGCAGAGUGUGAUACAACGCAGAGCCUGCAGCAAUCCAUGCCUCCCUGUGAGCCACCAUGAGAACAGAAUCACUGGUCUAAAGGAACAAAGGGAUUUUCACUGUAUGCCUCUGAGCAGAGAGCAGCAGCAGCAGGUACCAGCACGGCCCUGACUGAAUCAGCCCAGUGUCCCUGAGCAGCUUAGACAACAGGGCUCUUUGUAUCAGUCUUUCUUGAGCAGAUGAUUCCUCUAGUUGAGUAGCCAGAUGGAAUUCAAGCCUAAAGACAGUUCAUUCAUUUGCAUCCAUGGACACAGAAGGUUGCCAUAUAGUAUCUACCUUUUGCUACUUAUUUAAUGAUAAAAUUUAAUGAUCGUUUGA